UUUCAAGUUAGUAGUCGCGAAUCGCGAUUAUUCGGUAUUUUUCUAGGUAUAUUUGAAUUAGUUAUAACAGUUUUACGUUUUUGCUUUAAAAUAAGAUUGAACUUUUUGUAAACGAACCUUAUAAAGAAUAAACUUAGGUUCAGCUGUGUUAAUACAUAUACAAAAAAUGCGCCGUUUAGCUUUUGCCGAGUGUUUGCUAUUAAUAUUGUUAAUAUGCAUACAUAAUUCAACUCAAGUAAAGAAACAAACAUCAAUAACUCAAGUAGAAGACCUUAAAGAGUUCAAAAAAUUAAUGAAAACAAAAACGAAUGUUUUAGUUUUAUACAUAAAUAUUCAAAAAGAGGCUAUGCCUAUUUUAAAGACAUUCCGAGAAGUAGCAGAUAAAAUGAAAGGGCAGGCUACAUUGGUGUCAAUUAAUUGUGCUGGAAGUGAAGGAAAAAAGCUUUGCAAAAAGUUGAAGAUUGAUAAAAGCAGUCCUUACUUUAUAAAGCACUUUAAAGAUGGGGAAUUCAAUAAGGAUUAUGAGAGAGCAGAAACAGUGAAUUCUAUAGUAAAUUUUUUAUUGGAACCUACUGGAGAUGCACCAUGGGACGAAGAUCCUUCAGCUAAUCAUAUUUAUCAUUUAGCUAAUUCUAUGGCUCUAUCUAGCUUUCUCAAAAAGUGUGCAGCAACCUCAAUGAAGUCAAUAAUUAUGUUUUAUGCUCCUUGGUGUGGGUAUUGUAAAACAUUGAAACCUGAAUACUCCAUGGCAGCUUUAGACUUAAAGGGAGAAGCAAUGCUGGCAGCAAUCGAUGUAUCAAAACCUCAGAAUUCAAAACUUCGUUAUGAAUACAACAUUACAGGAUUUCCCACUCUGCUAUACUUUGUAAAAGGCAGUUAUCGUACGGUGUACAAUGGGGAUAACAAGCGCGAUGCGAUAGUGAUGUUCAUUCGAGACCCGAGUAGUGUACAGGAGAUGAAGAAGGAAACACCAAAAUCCUGGGACUUGGAUACCGAACUACUACACUUGACAGCGGAAAGCUUUGAUUCGACAUUGAAACAUGUCAACAGCGCAUUGGUAGUGUUCUACGCACCUUGGUGUGGUCAUUGCAAGCACUUGAAGCCGAAUCUCAUUAAAGCUGAAGAAAGUAUGAGGACGCAACAGAUUGCUGGUAUGAUCGCAGUUGUUGAUGUGACGUCAGAGCAGAGUUUGGGGUCAAGAUUCAAUGUCAAGGGAUAUCCGUCGAUGAAGUAUUUUAACAACGGCGAAUACAAGUAUGACGUGAACUUCCGCACUGAUGAUAAAAUUGUUGAAUUUAUGAAGAACCCCCAAGAACCAGUCCCCACACCACCAGAAACGCCAUGGUCUGAAGAAGAGACAUCAGUGCGUCACCUCUCAUCAAACAACUUUAAACGCUCGCUUAAGAAGGCGGCACACGCGAUAGUUAUGUUCUAUGCUCCAUGGUGCGGUCACUGCAAAUCGACUAAACCGGAGUUCGUAAAGGCCGCUGACACAUUCGCGGAUGACCUGAUGGUUCUCUUUGGGGCCGUUGACUGUGUGGUUGAGGAAGACAUUUGUGCUAAUUACAAAGUUAAGGGAUAUCCCACAUUUAAAUACUUCAAUCAUUACGAGCGAGUUGAAGAUUAUAGUGGCGGGAGAAAGAGUGAAGAUUUCGUAAAGCACAUACAUACACAGAUAGAUGGUCAGAGGCAAGAGGAGGGCAGGAAGAGUCAUACAGUGACCGGGUUCGGAAUAAAUGUGGUGCAAGCGAGUGAUGCAAAUUUCGAAGAGAUCCUAUCUGACUCUGUUCCCAGUUUUGUUAUGUUUCAUGCUCAGUGGUGCGGCCACUGUAACGAGAUCAAGCCGUCGUUUAGCCGCUUAGCAACGAAACUUAAAAGCGAGAAUGCGAAAAUAAAACUAGUGGCCAUUGACGUGACUGAUAAUCCGAAGGCUACAGAUUUUGGGGGCAUUAAAUCGUUGCCAACAUUAAAAAUGUAUGCCAAGUCAUCUGAAGUGUCAGUUUACGAUGGAGAUAGAUCUCAAGAUGAUAUGUAUAACUUCUGUAAGAGCUUGCAGGUGAAAGAUGAACUGUGAUCCGUAUAUAUAUAUGGGUAGCAAAAUCAUGAAAUUUACUUAUAUCAUUAAAUUU